AUGAGUCGCCACCUCAGGACUCCGCGAUUGAAUUCCGGAGUCCUUUUCUCACCCCCGGCUCCCAUCGAUGCACCGGUGGAUGUCUGGUGCCCCGAGCCCAGGCCGAUGGGUAUGAUGGACCAAUUCAGAUCGAAUUUACAGGGAAUACCGAGUGGUCCCCGGCCAGUGGAUGCAAAGAACCCACAGGAGGGCGUCGGUGGAUUUGCUGGUUUCCCUCGUUUCUUCGAGGCAUCAAGCAUUAAAACAUUCGCAAAGAGAUUUCCAGGAAGUGGUGAGCCGGAGUCGGGACCCAUUACGUUGUGUCUUCCAAGCCUCAGCAUUUCAGCAGACGUCUUGAUUGAUGGGACGAUUUCAUUGACGACACUUACACAGAGCUACCAUAACCCGUCAGAGCUGGUGAUCCCUGAAGCCCGACACACGUUUCCCCUGUACGACGGCGCCGUCGUCACGUCUUUUGAAUGCAGAGUCGGCGAUGCGCGACGUCUACAAGGUGUUGUGAAGCCAACGGCGCAGGCAAAGCGCGAGUUUGAAAAGUCCAAAGCCAAGAGAGAGGCUGCGGCGCUGCUGGAAGAACUCGCUCCAGAGCUUUUCGAAACAUCCCUGGGAAAUAUUCCGCCCAAUACAAAGGUCGAGAUCAUAUUGACCUACGUGCAUGAGCUCAAGGUGGUGACAAGUCAAGAAGAGAAGGCCGAGGGCCUUGCUCUCACCAUCCCAACCUCCAUUGCACCUCAAUAUACUACGCCUUUGCCUGAACUUCCGAGGGAUAAGCUGGAGAUUACUAUUAGGGUUCUGGAUGAUGGCACCAUCGAUGCCGCCGCAUGCCACGUCGAAUCGAAUCAUGCUGUCAAGUAUGAAGGCUCACAGCCUCUUAUUGCGAAUAUCGGUGAACUUGGCAACAUUAAUUUGCCAGCUGGCGGUGCGCAGAAGAUGCAGCAUGUGUGGCAGUAUUCGUCCAAUGCACAGCUUGUUCUCGGAAGUGACUUUGUUUUGGUUAUUCAGAUGCGUCAAGAAACUCGCCUUCACUCUCGCGCAGUCAUUGCGCCAGCUAAUGAAUAUGGCCAUGCCGCCCUCAUGGUCAGCCUUCGUCCGAAUGACAUCUUUGGCAGUGCAGUCAAUCCGCAGCUGUUCAAAGGCGAGAUUCUCUUUAUUCUUGAUCAGUCUGGGUCCAUGGGCUGGACACAGUCGGCAAGAGACCAGAGACUUAAGAUUGAUACGAUGAAGAAUGCCAUGUCUCUAGCACUGUCCGGACUACCUUCGACAUGCAGAUUCAACAUCAUCUCAUUUGGUAGUGAGGUUCGAGGCAUGUGGCUUCGUUCACGCGGAGCUGAUGAGCCUGCAAACUUGUCGUACGCAAUGGAGUAUUUGGAUACUGUCGGAGCAAACAUGGGGGGAACCGAGAUACUUCUGGCGCUCAAGGGAGCCGUGAAUAAUUGCGAGCCUAGCCUGCCAUCAACGCAGAUUAUUCUCAUCACGGACGGCGAAGUCCAUCAUGAGCCUCAUGAUGCCAUAAUGGAGUUUGUCUGGGAAACUCGUCAGAAAUUUGGCGAAAAGAUCCGCUUCUUCACCCUCGGCAUCGGCGACAGGGUCUCUCACAGAGUCGUUGAGGGCAUUGCAGAGUUAGGCGGCGGAUACUGUGACGUUGUCGACGUGGUCAAGAAGCCCCGAUGGGAGGACCGCGUGAAUCGCAUGCUUCGGUCCGUCAUGGAACCAGACAGCUGGAGCUGCGAGAUCGAUCUCGGCCCGGGUUUCGAAAGACGGAGCCUGGCUGCUUGUCAGUUCGGGGCCGAUAAUCGACCCGACUCUCACUUGGCACUCUAUGUCCAAGGCCCACAUCCGAUACCCUCUCUAUCCCCGUACAGAUACAAGUCCUUCUUCUUCCUUCUAGACAUGGGAAGUGCUGAGUUGCCCACGACAUUAACAAUCAGGACAACGACAGAUGCAGCCAAGAAAAAGGUCUACGAUAUGCAUGUGAAGCCGGCUCAACUGAGAGCAGGCACCAUCCAUCCUCUGGCCGUCAAGAUGGCCUUGCAGAGUCUUGAAAAUGAAGUCAAAGGCAUAGAUGCCAAUAAGGAGCAAGCACGUAUCAAUGCUGAGAUCCUGGGAACCAGAUACUCGAUUUCCAGCAAGUGGACGAGCUUCGUUGCCGUGGCGGAUGAAAGCAGAGAUCUGGCCCACCCGAUUGAAGUCUACAAGAGUGUCUUUAAGGAGGCAAACAUGCAAACAUUCUUUGGCUCAGAGAGAGGAGAAAGUAUUUGGAAUCGCAUCCCGGGGUUCCAUUCUAUGGGAGAUCGACCCGGGAAGGUAAAUACUUCCCAAUCGCUCGACAUAAUGAUGAAUAGCUCUACCCAUUGUCGCUAUCCCCCAUUAUCAAUGCCAUCAUAUUCUUUUCAAAGGGUUCAAGAUCCUCAUUUUCUUCGUCUCGUUCCUGCUUUUCAACUCAACAAUGAAGAAAGUUCUGAGGAGAAUGGAGAUUUAUCUGCUGCGUCUUCCAACAAGAAUAUCGCUAUGCUUAACAACAAUCAGUUAAAUGGUUCCUCUAAUGGUGGCGUGGUUCAAACUUUCGCGCAGGCGCAGCUUGAAUCCCCAAACCAAAGUUGGAUUGAUGUUGAUAACAUAUUAGAAGCCAACAAGAGAUCGGAUAAAGGUGGCAAGUUUCUGUUCGGGUCAGCACCUAACAGCCCAGCCUGCCUAUUACCGAUGCCAACCGAUGGAGAAAAUUCUCUAUAUGAUUCAAACUCUCUACAGCCUGAUUCUUUUCCCCUUUACCCCGACAACAGUUCAUCUUCAAUGCAUUCUGAUGUUGUGCAGCAAGUUAAUGGGGCACAACAAACUUGCGAUCCCACGCCUCGAGCAAUUCAACCACGGCUUUACUACGAUUUACAAGCUUCUCAGGAUGAUUUUGUGAUUGAGAAAGCCAGACCCAGAAGAAGCGGAGCCCAAUAUAUAGACUCAGAUUCAGAAGUCAAUGAAAGGACGAAUGAUACCCGAGGUUCACAGCUUCGUUAUAAAGGCCCGCGGGGGAAUAAACGAAGGCGUGAUAUUAACUCAGCGUCCAUGAGUUCGUCUGAUUUUGAAUCUGUACCACCCAUGAAGAAGGGAAGACCCUCCCGCAGCAACAGACCACCACUUGAAAGGACGCUUAAUAGGUGGCGUUCAUGUCAUUCCUAUAGCAACAACGGAGGAAGUACUGAGAAUGAUGAGUAUCCAUCCAUGUAUGCCGCGGCUUCUAUCGACGAAGCUUCAAAGAGCGAAAGGAACUGUUUUCGUCGUUCCAUGCCUCGUGGCAAAAGCGAUAUUCCCAAAUGCGUUAUUCCCGAGACCGCGGAAAACGUUCACACUGAUGAGGUAACCGCCGCAGAAACGCUAGCUGUUACAGAUCCCAAUAUACGCGUUCCCGAGUCUUGUGGACCUUGGGCCUUCGAGGAAACCAUGCUGUCUCAACCUUUGUCUCCUAUUUUUGCCGCCACCAACAAUGCCCCCGAAGAAUCCAGUCCUUUUCUCAAUUUGGGCCCCGCUGACUUUAACACAUGGGCAGACGUGCCUUGGCAAGAUAAAGAAGCCACUUCCUACGAACCGUCGAGAGAUGGGCCCAUUACGUGGGAAGACGUCGUAGGAUGCGAGAAAAGCGGCAUGUUUGUCCUGCCCAACGUGGUGCGGGAGCGGCUCGGCCAGCACUUCUGCGGCAAGACAGUCGAGCGACUGCAAGAGACUCUGCGCAAUCUCUCAGAUGCAGCGAAAGUUGCGAAACAAGAUGUCGCCGUUUUGACCGAUACACUCAUGAUGAUACAGUAUUGCAAGACGCAUCUGGCAACCCAGGAGGACUAUUGGAGUCUUGUCAUUGGCAAAGCCGAGCGUGCAGUGCUUCUGGCUUUGGGAUAUGACCAAGACCGGGAGGAGGCACUGGAGCCCUGGUACGAGAAGCUAUUGUCUGCCAUCUUUCACAUGCAUUUUCAGGAGUCCCUUAGGCAUGCCUCCAUAAAUAAAGGAGAAGGAGAUACAGCAGAAAGCCUGGGCUCUUUGAGUCUCAAGACAUGCUUGGUGUGUGAUACGUCCAUUGAGACAGAUUGUGAGGGGCGGCUUGCUACUAGCAAGGGAUUCAUGUGUCUCGCUGAUGAGUGCUACGACAGUAAAACACAUGCCCGAAGCCAAUACAGUGACUGGACUGCGUUUUGGGAACAUCAAGUUAAGAGUGGCCAUAUGUUAUGCCCUGGGAUUAAUGACAGGCCGGGCUGUUUAUAUUAAAU